CGUCUCGCCGCUGAGGCGUUUCUACCCUCUCGGUGAGGUGCUGAGGUAAAUCAUGGCGGCGGAAAAGCGCGCUGAGGGGAGCGUGUUGGGAGGCGGCGGCGGCGGCGAGUCCCAGGAGGCGCCAGGCCCGCUGAGCCGGCUGGACAUCCGGCGCUACUCCCGGCAGCUGGUUCUCCCGGAGCUGGGCGUGAGCGGCCAGCUGCGGCUGUCGGGCUCCUCGGUGCUGGUGGUGGGCUGCGGAGGGCUGGGCUGCCCGGUGGCUCAGUACCUGGCGGCGGCGGGCGUGGGGCGCUUGGGCCUGGUGGACCCGGACGUGGUGGAGCUGGACAACCUCCACAGGCAGGUGCUGCACCGGGAGAGCCGCCUGGGCACCCCGAAAGCGCGCUCGGCGGCCUCGGCGCUGGGGGAGCUCAACUCCCGGGUGCGCUGCGUGCCUUACGAGCUGGCCCUGUCGCCCAGCAACGCCCUGCAGCUGGUCCGAGACCACGACGUGGUGGCCGACUGCUCGGACAACGUGCCCACUCGAUACCUGGUCAACGACGCCUGCGUCCUGGCCGGGAAGCCCCUGGUCUCCGGCAGCGCUCUCAGGCUCGAAGGGCAGCUGGCGGUGUACAACCACCGAGGGGGCCCCUGCUACCGCUGCCUCUUCCCCAAGCCGCCCCCUCCGGAGACGGUCACCAACUGCGCCGACGGAGGGGUCCUGGGGGUCGUGCCUGGCAUCCUGGGUACCCUCCAGGCCUUGGAAGUGAUCAAGAUCGCCUCGGGCAUGGGUGCCAGGAGCCACGGGUCCAUGCUGCUCUUCGACGCCCUGGAAGGCAGGUUCCGCCACAUCAAGCUGAGGCCCAGGGACCCCAGGUGCGCUGUGUGCGGGGACCACCCCACCGUGACCGCCCUCCAGGACUACGAGGAGUUUUGCAGGUCGUCGGCAACGGACAAGUGCCGGGCGCUGCACCUGUUGAGCGGCGAGGAGAGGGUGUCCGUGGAAGAGUACAAAAGGGUCCUGGACAGCCGGGCUCCUCACGUGCUGGUGGACGUGCGCCCGCCGGUGGAAGUGGACAUCUGCCGCCUGCCGCAUUCCCUCCACGUGCCCUUAAGUAAGCUGGAAGGAGGAGAUGAAGGAUCCUUGAAGUCCUUGCAGGAGAGGAUACAUGAAGCGAGGCAAGGGGCGGACGACAGCACGGCUCUCCCCCUUUACGUGGUCUGCAAAUUGGGAAAUGACUCUCAGAAGGCUGUGCGAAUAUUGCAGGGGUUGUCUCAGAAUGGACUUGGUCCCAUUUCUGUCAAGGAUAUCAGGGGAGGGCUGAUGGCGUGGGCUAGCAAAAUUGACGAAGAGUUCCCCCAGUAUUGAUGUUUUCUAAGAGCGAUAGCGUUUUGUUUUUAUUCAAGUGUUUCAUUGAUCACUCUCGUGGCUGAAAAUAUUUGUAAUACUCCUGCAGAAGACUUUUUGGAAUAUGUGAAAUUUCUUUUUUAGGAAAAAAAGUUAUUAUUAUUAUUAUAAAAGACAAAUGUGUGUGCACGUCAAUUUGUUAAAAAGUUGUAUGGGGUUGUAGCCAAUGCUAGUCAUGGUCAGAGGAGACCCAAUGGAAUUAAUGGACAUCACUAACUUAGGCCUUUUACUUUUAAUGGAUCUACUGAUGAGAAAAUCUUAGAUGCAACUCACAUCGUUUCAGAAGAAUCGCUUCCUUAAUAAGCUAGUUUAUUUACAUCU